AGCAAUCAUCCCUGUCUAGCAGCACAGCGUUGCGCCACACUUUUGCGAUGGCAGAAGUUGAAGAGAAGGCAGCGGAAGAAGCGAAAGAAGAAGUACAAGAAGAGAAAGCUCAAGCUCCUGAAGAGCCAGCAGAGGCUUCGAAAAAGGUAGAUGAAGCCUUCGCUAAGAAGGAGGCGCCUGAACCGGAGGCCAAGCCCAUCUAUCUUGCAGGGCGAGCGUUUGCCAAUCGUACAGAGCUGGCCGAGCAUGUGAAGAAGAUCCAGGAGUCUCAUUCUGACGCAGACCCCACCAAAGGGGAGCUCUCUGUGGAGGACAACCUCUUCAUUUUUCAUCUCCUGCUCCACCACCCAAAGGCCGUAGAGAAGAUGACCAAGCCGAUCUCACAUUUCAGAUACGGCACCUACGACAAGUUCAAGAACAAAUGCUUCAUCAGUGUGGCUGCUGAUGGGUCGCAAGAGGGCGUCAGCGCUGCGAAGAGUAUGGCAGUGAUCUACCCCAAUGGCAGCUCGACAGCUGAGCGAUCUGCCGCACUCCCUGGCCUGGUGGCCAUCCCGCCGCCAGCCUCCAUGGAUGAGAAGACACAAAAGGGGCAGAAGCGAAGUCGCGAAGAGAAGCCUCCACCAGAGCCGAGGGCAUUUGAGCCCUACGAGAUGGUCAGAGGUUGUGUCAUAGAUAUCAAAAGCCUACCAGCCAAUGUUCACUACCACAGGUUGAAGGAUCUCCUGAAUGGUUGUGGAAAGG